AUGAGCAGUUCAAGAUCCACCAGUCAACUCGCUGUUGUUGCGGUCACUUUGCUUGGGGCUUCUUCGUUGGCUCAACAAAUCGGAACCAACGUCCCGGAGGUACACCCUUCACUGCCGUCGAAGGUCUGCACUAAGGUUACCAACGUGCUAGCCCAGGUGGACCAAGUAGACACCAAGGUUGUCGACUGCAUCACUGAGAAAUCGUCAGUCGUGAUCGAUGCCAACUGGCGGCAGAUGAACGCUGUUAGAACAAACGAGAGCUGCAACGCCGAUGGCAAGUGGAACAGCACGACGUGCUCGACUCCAAAAGAAUGCGCAGAGAUCUGUGGUCUCGAAGGCGCCGACUACAAGGGCAAGCACGCAAUCACGACGUCUGGUAGUGCCUUGAAGAUGAAACUCGAGACGCCUGGAGGUGUGGGUACCCGUGUGUACAUGCUGGAUGCGUCAGGAAAGAAGUACAAGCAGUUCCAGCUGCUCAACCAGGAGUUCACGUUCGACGUCGAUAUGUCCUCGUUGCCCUGUGGUUCCAAUGGCGCGCUCUACUUUUCAAAGAUGGACGCCGACGGCGGCAUGGCGCGAUUCCCGGGCAACAGCGCAGGUGCUGAAUACGGCACUGGUUACUGCGACGCGCAGUGCCAGAAAGACGUCAAGUUCAUUAACGGCGAGGCGAACCUGGAAAAAAAGUACGGUGCUUGUUGCACGGAAAUGGACAUUUGGGAGGCCAAUAGCAUGGCUACAGCUUAUACGACGCACCCGUGCUCGACUGACGGUCAGGAGAGAUGUAUCGCUGACGAAGACUGUGGAGCUACGGAUGAGACUCGUUACACUGGAUGGUGUGAUAAGCCUGGUUGUGACUUCAAUCCAUUCCGCAUGGGCAACAAGAAAUUCUACGGCCGUGGCAAGAAGUACGACAUCGACACGACUCGUCCGUUCUCAGUCAUCACGCAGUUCGUCACGGACGAUAACACUGAGACAGGUGAACUCGUUGAGAUCCGCCGUCUAUACAAGCAGGACGACCGCGUGGUGGCCAACCCGGCAAGUACGUGGGCCGAAUUAAACGGCACAGACUCAAUAACCGAUGCGAUGUGUAACACUUCGAAGGCGCUUUUCGACGACCACCCGUACGUGAUGGGAGGCCUGGCACAGCUCGGGAAGCAAAUGGUAGGCGGCAUGACGCUGGCUAUGAGCAUCUGGGUGGACUACGGCUCAAACAUGACGUGGCUAGACAGUUACCCCAGCGGUGACGACCCGAAGGUUCCCGGUGCGUUGCGUGGCGACUGUCCGAACCCUGGAGGUGAUCCGGAGAGUGUUUUUGCCGAGAGUCCCGACGCGGCGGUGAAGUUCAUGAACAUCCGUUCCGGUGAUUUUGGAUCGACAUACUAA